AUGUGCUGCUGUUACUGCUUGCGUGGCUCCAUCAGACCAACUCCCUCCGACCACCUGCCACCGUUCACCGCCCCUCCCUUUGAGUUCACAUCUGCAGAAAACAAACGAGCAAGGCAGUGGAACUGCCAUUGCAUGCCGCCACCACCCGCUGUUACCUUAUCGUUUGGUUUUAUGGAGGGUGUCCCUCCAAAUCUUGAUGCCGAUGUUUCUACGUCAUUUGAAGGAAAAUUGGAUAAAUCAAAGUUAGGCUCAAAAUCGGUUAAUGUUUCACCUCGAAUCUUCCUUCUGCGAUGUUGUGAAGAAAUUGAGCCCCAAUCCUCUGAUUCAGUUACAGAUUUAACGGCUUACCUAUCUACAACCCGACUCCUUACCCCCUCUGAUCAUCUCGAUGGUUGUCUGAUCAUCUAG